CCACGCAGCCUGUUUUAUUGUUAGGAGAGUCCUCUUGGAGAUCUUUCACAAGGCUUUUCAUGAAGGGAAAGCAAGGGUUGGUUGGGUUUGUGGAUUACAGCUGCAGCUGCAAGGUGGUGUUUCUGAUGAGGUGGAAAAGAAGACUGGAUUGCAGAAACAUUACUGGAAAAUGAUGCCAGGGAAAGGAGUGGAGCUGCGGUUUUGGUUGCUGAGUGGAGAAUGGUGGAAAUAUGUACCUUGGUACUGCACUUCUGUACAACCCUGACAGGCUUUUCUAAACUACUGCAAGAUGCUGCUUUCUGUUGUUUUCAUGUCUCUUGUUUUAUUUAGAAAAGUGCUAUAAACCAGUCAACCUCUGGAGAAUUACCCUGGCAUGGUGACCCAGCUCUGUUGUUGUUGUUGGUUUAACCCUGGACAGAACUUGCAUUACAGUAUUAGCAUUUCAAAAAUCAUUGUGAAGCGAACAGGAGGACUUCUGAAAGGGCUUCUAAAGUUUAUGUGCUCUAAUUGGCUUCAAAGAAAAUGAAAAAAGAAUGCACCUCAAGGUCUUUCAAACUCAAACAAAAUGUAGGAUCUCUCUCGCGUGCUGUAAGCUGGAUAAAUUUCUCAUCUUUGUCCAGGCAGACAAAGAGGUUAUUUCGUAGUGAUGGUGAGCUCUCAUCAAUAUGUGGGCAGCAGGUAGAAGAGGAUGAUGAGAAUUGGAUCUACAGAACCCAGCCCAGAGAAGCUGUCUCCAACCUAGAUGAAGAGAGUAGAUGGACAGUCCAUUAUACUGCCCCAUGGCAUCAGCAAGAAAAUGUGUUCUUGCCUUCCUCAAGGCCACCCUGUGUGGAGGAUCUCCAUCGCCAAGCUAAGUUGAACCUCAAGUCAGUGCUGAGAGAAUGUGACAAAUUGAGGAGGGAUGGCUAUCGAAGUUCUCAGUAUUACUCUCAGGGGCCAACCUUCUCCUCUUCUUCCAGUACAGUCAGUGGAAGUUACCAGGAUGACUAUGAGGAAAUCCAACAAAAGGGCUCUGCCACUUCCCCAGAAGAGGAAAAGCUUAUUAAUAUCAGGAGACCCAGAACACCAGUUCCAAAUGAUUUCUCUGAUAUCCACACUCAGACUAACUGGACUAAAUCACUUCCAUUGCCAACACCAGAGGAGAAAAUGCGACAGCAAGCACAAGCAGUUCAAACAGAUGUGGUUCCCAUUAAUGUAACUGGGGAGAAUUUCGACCGCCAAGCCAGCAUUCGGCGGUCUCUAAUUUACACUGACACUGUGGUAAGACGGCCGAAGAAAGUCAAAAGGAGAAAGACUAUUACAGGAGUCCCUGACAACAUACAAAAGGAGCUAGCAGUUGGCAUGGGCCAGAGUGACUUCCGUGGACAUUCGAUGUAUGUCCCAGAUCACUGUUCCACACUAGGGCGACUAGACAGUUACCGCUCUGCUAUGCAGCAGUCUGAAACCAAGGACACCAGCUGCCAGACGGAGGAAGUCAAAGUUGUACCCCCUUCAGUGAGAAGAAUACGUGCACAGAGAGGACAAGGUAUAGCUGCACAGAUGUCACAGUUCUCCAGUUCGUCUGGAAACAUGUCUGUGAUGAGUGACUCAGCUGGUGUUAUAUUUGCCUCUCGCCAAAAUAGCGACCUAGGUUUUCACAGCCUGCCUCGAUCUGGAGCAAGAGUGUCUCUAGGACAGACCCAGGGCCCCUCUAACCAGGCAGAGGACAUCGCCAGCACUUUGCCACAUCAGAUAAGCAAAUUGCAAGUAGAUGAUAGUGUAGUCCAUAUGAGGAGCAAUCCUAGGACUGGGACACUUUCAAGGCCAAAGUCCCAGGAGGUGAAAUGUUAUGACAGUGAUAAAGCACCGAGCCCAGCAUGCAUGGUCUCUCCUCAUGCUACUUAUUCCACCAGCAUCAUACCGAAUGCCACAUUAUCCUCAUCUUCAGAGGUUAUUGUUAUUCAUACUGCCCAAAGCACUGGGUCAUCAGAUAGUAAAAUCACCAGCUCAUCUUCCUACGCAAAACCCAGAGACAAUCCUGUUGUCAAUAGUGCAGUAAGCAUGAAAGAAGACCACCAUUCUUCGAGCGGUAACUGGAGUGAGAGCAGCUCUACACGUCACUCACAGACCUCAGAUACUAUAUCAUCUAAUGCUGUCAUGGUGCUCUCUCUUGGUGACUCAGCAGUAUCUCUCAACACUCCAGGAAACAUGGAAAAUGGAUCCCAAAAUAUGAGCUACAGCUGCAGAAACAAUCUGAGUUUCCCAAGCCACCCUCAGGACAGUGAUGGUAGAAGUGAAUCUAGUUAUUCUGGGGAUAGAGCACAAAAUAAUAGUGUGAACAGCACAGAUCACUGGGUGUACAAAUCUGGAGAAAGUGAUGGGACUCCCUCGCACAAACCAGUCUGUGCCACUCCAGGCUACUCCACUCCAGUAAGCAACAUGAGUAGCAACAGCCUGGAGAGAACUUCAGUCAAAGAAGAUUCAAGUUCUUUGUAUUCGGUGGAUCAUGAUGGCUACUACACUUCAAUGCAUAUGGAUUCUGGGCUCAAAUCAGAUAAGUCAUGUGACAAUAAUAAUGGUUUUGGGAACCCCAGGCACAGUGUCAUUAAUGUUUUUGAUGGGAAAGAGAAGAAAAAUCAAGGGGGACACAGUGACAAAUCCCUCUCACGAAACAUAUCUUUAAAAAAAGCCAAGAAACCACCUCUGCCGCCAUCCAGAACAGACUCACUCAGAAGGCCCCCCAAGAAAAAAGCCCAGUCUAAUGGGCAGGUACUUGAUGAGACACUAAUUGCCACCCUUCAGCAUUCCCUUCAGCUGAACCUCAAGUGCAAAAAUGGGAGCUCCCCUUCACAAAGCCCAUGCAGCGAUUAUGAGGAUCCCUGGGUGCUGCGCUCUCGCAGCCAAAGCUCUGUCAGUGCAAGCAGCAGCAUGAUGUCCACGACUGCUCCCAAUAUGUACUCUAUCUGCACUGUCACUCCCUCGCAGAGUGAAACGAGCAGCAUUAAGUCAGAAUAUGCAGACCAGUGGGGUUACUAUGGUGACUAUGCUGCAAUGCCUGAUGAUCAGUUAAAAUCCUCAGUCACUCAUUCCACAAGCAGUACAGCCACCCUCCAUGAUUACACCAUCAGCCACCUCACUGAUGGGUCAAGGGCUUCUACACCACAAGUGCCCAGUGGACUGGCCAAACCAAAGACCACUUCUCCAGAGAAGUCUCACCGAGUUACAUCACCAUCCAGUGGGUAUUCUAGCCAAUCAAAUACUCCCACAGCAGUUACUCCAGUGCCUGUCUUUUUAAAAUCCACAUCACCAGGAAAUGGGAAACCCAAAGUGAAACCUAAAGUGCCUGAAAGAAAAUCCUCUCUGCUGUCUUCAGUCUCCAUCUCUUCAUCCUCCACUUCUCUUUCUUCCAGUACAUCUGCUGAAGGGUGUGUGAGCAUGAAGAAAUCAGACCCCGCCCUGGGUUCUGCUCCUGAUGCUGCGGCUGUUCUUCCUCCUCCAAUACCCCCAUGUUCUCCUGCUCAUACUCCUCUUCCACCCCCACCACCAAUAGAUACCAUGGAUCUGCCACCAUUACCAGCCUCUCCUACCUUUCCCCCUCCUCCACCAGAAGCUGUUACAAAUUCCUCCUUCCCCCAGAACAUCUUGUGGUUUCCUUCCCCUCCACAAGAAACUUCCUUCAAUCUUGGUUCUGUCCCAUCUUGCUCUUCUUCCAGUUUGCCUUCUGUAGUUCCUCCACCACCACCACCACUUCUUGACCAUCAACUGAUGAAAGAAGCAACUAAAUACCCACAAUAUUCUUUUAAGAAAUGUAACCAGGAGGAUUCCUGCUACAGUCCAGGGAAAGAUCCAUUCAUCAAGCAGGAUACCAUUAGGCCUGUGAUGCCCCUAGUAACCACCAAAGCAUUGCAAAUGGUACAGCUGAGGUCUGUGAAAAAAUCCACAGGGGCAGAAGUUGAACAAUCAUCUGAAUCUGCUUCUGAAACCAGCUCUCAGGAAAAAGCAACUGUAAUUUUGUCACCGCAGCCUUCUUUAAAGCAGUCUCUCUCGUUAAGGCUCAGUGACAGCAUGGGUGAAGAAGGAAUGAAAACUCAUAGUGCUUCAUUCAAAAACUCAGUUCAAAGUCCUGCUCAGAGUUCUCAUCCAAGUUUCUGUGACAAUAUACCUGAGUUUGACUGUAGUCAAAAAUCAGGGAAUACAACAAAGCUAACUAACCCCUUGGAGGGUGAUUUAUCAGGAAUGAAUGCUGAAAGAGCACUUCAGUCUCCUGCACAUAAUGAGGAAUCCUACUCUGGUCACAGUACUCCAUCACUUCAGGGGCCAUCAGCAUCUCCAAGCAAGACUCAGGGCAUGUUAAGUAAAAAGCCACCUCCUAUUUCAAAGAAACCCAAACUAUUCCUUGUUGUGCCACCUCCACAGCUAGAUUUUACAGAAGAGAAAAUAGCUCUCGUGAGCGGUACUGUCAAAAGCACAUCAAGUCCAACUGGGAGAGAGACUGUGCUUGCACACUGUGAAGAAGCAAAAGAUUGUCUUGCUGAUGGACUCAGCUCAAGAAAGAUGGACCCUGGCAGCUUGUUUCCUGAAGGAGGAGCUGGAGGAGCUGCUGGUUCCACCUUCUCUGAAACAGUGGAAACUAAUGCCUGCAUGGUUCAGCCUGCUACAUCACCAGUUCAAGAAGCUCCCAAGCAAGAAGCGCAGACCACUUUGGAUGAAGGAGGCAGUGCAGACAGCAGCCCUAAGACUGAUGGGCACGCAUCUGAAGAGACUGAAAGUGCUGAAGUGUUUGAGUCGGACAGCACAGAUAAUCUGUCACUGCCAGGCAACAGUUAUGUGGAAGAGCCUGAGGAGGUGUCGACACCAACUAGACCGAGAACUACUGAAGAUCUUUUUGCAGCCAUUCACAGAUCCAAAAGGAAGGUCCUUGGCCGCAAAGAUUCUGAGGAUGACCGUACCCGAAACCAUUCUCCAUCGCCUCCAGUAACACCCACUGGCACCUCCCCUAAUCUAGCUUCCCUCAAGCAUGCAGGAUCAAUUCAGAGAAGCAUUCGCAAGAGUAGCACCAGCAACGACAACUUUAAAGCCCUGCUGCUGAAAAAAGGGAGCCGGUCAGAUGCCAGUUCACGCAUGUCAGCAGCAGAGAUGUUGAAGAACACAGACCCUAGGUUCCACAGAACAAAGGCAGACUCCUUCUCUGACCUUCUAGACAGCCCUACCAGCUGUUCUCCCAGCAAGAACAAAAGGGCCCAGGAAGAAUGGGCCAAGAGUGAAGGCCUGAUGCCGAGGAGUAUGUCCUUUUCUGGUACCAGGUACGGCCGGUCACGAACACCUCCAUCUGCUGCCAGCAGCAAGUACAAUGUCCGCAACCGUAUCCAGAGCAGCCCCAUGACUGUUAUUAGUGAGGGAGAUGGGGAAGCUGUUGAACCAUCAGAAAACAGGAUCCGAAGGACUUUAGAAGAGCAGCAAGAGAGUCUACUCGAUGUGUUUAACAGCGAUGAAAUGGACACGAAUGAUUUUCCAUAUGCUGAGGAAGAGGGAGUGAAAGAGCCCAAGGCUCCAACCUGCGUAGACUUAAUGACACAGCCAGUAAAAGUGAAUACUUCGAGGAAGUGUCUAAGCCCUUCAGCUGAAGAAAGCUAAUCAAUGACAAAGGCGUUUGGUGUUAAUCAUUCAGAUGGUGCAGGAAAAUGAGUGAGGAAUUGAUCCCAGGAGAAAGCCCAGAUGAGGACAUACAUUUUACUGCACAUUUAUUACGUGAACUUCAGGCAUGUGUUAAAUGCAGAAGUAAAGAUUUUCUGCAUAGUGGAUUGGAGAGGACUUGCUUUGAAUAUGCAGUCUGUGACUUUAAAGAAAGUGAAAGUUGAACUUUUUUUUGUAAAGCCUUAAAAGUCCUGUUGGGGUCAGGGUAGGAUUUCCUCAGUUCCUUUUGGAGUGUGAUUUUUUUUUUUAAACGUUGUGGGAAUAAACAUUAGGAGUAACUUGAAAAGAAGAUGAGAUGCUUUUGUGGUAAAGGGUGAACAGUUGCUAUAAAAGCAUUUUAUUUCUGUGGCUUAGGGAGUUCUUUAAGCAGGUGAGUUGAGGCAGGAUGAGACGCAUAUUAUCUGUUGGAGGGUAGCAGGGCUAGUGUUGUAGCUGUACAGCUUCUUUUGUGUGUGUGCUCCUGUGUUAGUUUAAGCAUGUCACACUAAUGUAAAGAGGUCAGCAGAGCAUGAAUUGGUUCAGGUACUUUUCCCCAGGGACAGAAAAUAAGAUACCUUAACACAAGAAAGAGACAGCUAUAUACCGUGGUACUAGCUGCUAUGCAGCCGUACGCACACUAUCUAUUAGAUUUUUGGAGAAGUGCUCAUUUCCAAAUGCAUUGCUUCCUUGAAUGGAAAUAAUAAGAAAAGGAGAGAGGAAUAAGCAAUACACUACCAGAGUUGGAAAGUUUCAGGUUUCUGAAAUGAAAUUAAAAAUAAAAUAUGAAUUUGAGAACUUGCACUACAGAGUUGUGGGUGGAUCCUGUCCUUUUAAAUUAAACCAUGAGGGUUACAUUUUGCCAGAAGUAAUUCUUCCAUUUGUCAAAAUGGGAUGGUUUAUCUUAACUUUAUCACUUGAAAUGUUAGAUACUUGCUAACUUUUGGUUACCAAAGAAUAAGUUACGGUUACUUUCCUUUUGAUUUGCCUGCAGUAUUUCUUUUUUUAACCUUAAACAUUUAGCAAGGUUUGUUUUUAUUGUAUAUUUUACUGAUGGUAAUAAAAAACGUUUAACUUUUCUCAUUUGUAAAGAAAACAGUUGAUUAAAACUGAAUUAUUAAUUGGAGAUUUGAUUUCAUAAUAGGAAAGAAGAUAAUUUUGAAAAGGAAUUUUGCAUCACUUCAUGGUUUGUGCAGUUUUUAUAUUGUUUGUAAAUAACGGAAGUUGUUAAAAUAUCUUUUGAUCUCCCCACUUUAGAAUUUAUACAUUUUUAGACUGAUUUUAAAAGUAAAACCCUUCAUAUAGAUUAUUUAUUUUAGUGAAAUAUGCUUGUAAUCUCUUAUUUCAAUCCCUUAUUUGUGAGUAAUGUAAAUUUCAGGGGCCUUUAUCUAACUCUUCCUUUCAAAAGAGGGUGGGCAAUGAUGACAAUGCUGUGACUUUGCUUAAAUAAAAUAAGGCUGCCAGUU